AUGUGGGGACAAGACUGGAUGAGCAUCAGCGAACUUUUAAUGCCAUUCCCGGAAAAACCCAAACAAACGUUUGCCAAGAAAAUGCGAGCUCAGAAUUACACUGUGGAGAAGAUGUAUCGAGUUGCUGAGGAUUUCUUCGUAUCCCUGAACUUUUCUUCCUUGCCGGAGUCCUUCUGGAAACUUUCCAUGCUGAAGAAACCAGCUGACGGGAGACGAGUCAUGUGCCAGCCGUCCGCUUGGGACUUUUGUGAUACUCAGGACUUCAGGAUCAAGAUGUGCACUGAAGUUUCCUUCAAGGAUCUGCUCAUCGUGACCCACGAAGUUGGCCACAUUCAGUAUUAUAUGGAGUACAGUGGUCAGCCAUUUGUGUUCCGCCAGGGGGCAAAACCAGCUUUCCAUGAAGCUGUUGGAGACACAAUGGUCUUGUCUCUGCUGACCCCUGAACACCUUGAGCGGUUGGGUCUCGUUGACCCCAAGGACUUGUUGGAUAAUGAUGAGCAAAAAAGCCUCAACUUCCUCAUGGAAAUCGCGCUCAAAAAGUUGCCACUGGUUGCCUUCUCCUAUGUCAUGUACAAGUGGAGACACGAUGUCAUGUCCAAGACUUACUCGUCUGAGCAGCUCAAUUGCCGCUGGUGGGAGCUGAGGGAGAAGUUUGAAGGAGUAAAAGCCCCUUCAAAGAGAAGUGAAGAGGACUUUGACCCAGGCUCAAAGUGGCAUGUUGUUGCUGACCUGCCAUUCCUCAGGACUGCUGAAUUAAUCAAGGUUAACAUAUUCAGGUACCAAUUCAGCAAGAUUCUCGAGUUCCAGUUUCACAAGGCGUUAUGUGAAGCUGCUGGAAAGUACCCCACCAUUCCUCUACACAAAUGCAGCAUUUACGGAAAUGCUGAAGCUGGAGAGAAAUUUAGGACCCUCUUGAAAGCAGGAUAUUCCGAAGCCUGGGAGGACACUUUGGAAGACAUGACUGGGGUUGCAGACAUGGACGUGCGACCUCUGUUGGAAUACUUUAAACCUUUGCACGAUUACCUUGUCGCAGAAAACGCGAGGACGGGGGAAACUGUUGGUUGGACGAAAGGUGAAACCAGAUGCUGA